UCUCAGAUAUCAUUCUGCUCAAGCUGUGUUUGUGUGCAACAAAAUGGCAGAGGCCAUUUUAAAAGACCAAGAUCCGUUCUUUUGUUCAAUAUGCUUGGAUCUACUAAAGGAUCCGGUGACUAUACAUUGUGGACAUAGCUACUGUAUGGGUUGUAUCAACGGCUGCUGGGAUCAGGAUGAUCUGAAAGGAGUCUACAGCUGUCCCCAGUGCAGACAUACCUUCACCCCAAGGCCUGUUCUGAACAGGAGCACUGUCUUGGUUGAAGUGGUGGAGAAACUGAAGAGGACAGGACCUCAAGCGUCACCUGCUCACUGUUAUGCUGGACCUGAAGAUGUGGAGUGUGAUGUCUGCACUGGGAGAAAACACAAAGCUGUCAAGUACUGUCUGGUGUGUCUUGUCUCAUACUGCGAGACUCAUCUCCAGCCUCAUUAUGACUCGCUUGCCUUUAAGAAGCACAAGCUGGUCAAAGCCUCCACACAACGACAGGAGAAGAUCUGCCCUCAACAUGACAAACUGUUGGAGGUUUACUGCUGUACUGAUCGGCAGUGUAUCUGUCUGCUGUGUGUGAUGGAUGAACAUAAAGGCCAUGAUAUGGUGUCAGUUGCAGCAGAAAGGACUGAGAAACAGAAACAGUUGGGUAAAAUACAGCAGCAGUACCACCAGAGAAUCCAGGAGAUGGAGAAGGAGGUACAGGAGUUUAGGCAGGCUGUGAAAACACUCACGCGCUCUGCACAGGUGACAGUGGAUGCGACUGACAGGAUCUUUAUUGAGCUGAUCCGCUCCAUUGAGCGAAGGCGUUCUGAGGUGAAGGAGCUGAUCAGAUCUCAGGAGAGGAUUGCAGGGAGUCGGGUUCAGGGACUCCUGGACCGACUAGAUCAGGAAGUCACUGAGAUGAAGAGAAGAGAUGCUGAGCUCAGGCAGCUCUCAAACACAGAGGAUCACAUCUAUUUCCUUCAGAGUUUCCAGUCACUCUCUGUCCCUCCUGGUUCUGAGGCCCUACCCAGCCCCACUUUCAAUCCACACAUUUCUUUUGAACUGGUGAAAAAAUUGGUUUCUGGACUGAAAGUGCAACUGGAUGGUAUCUGCAAGGAGGAAAUAGACAAGAUAUCUGAAAAUGUGAUGAAAGUGCAAAUUGUUCGACCUCUGGAGCCCAAGACCAGAGAGGAGCUCUUAGAAUAUUCCUACGAACUCACGGUGGAUCCUAACACAGCAUGUGGAACACUGCAUCUGUCUGAGAAGAACAGCAAGGUGACAUGGAGUGAAGGGGAGACUCAAGCCUAUCCUGAUCAUCCAGACAGAUUUACCCACUAUGACCAAGUGCUGUGUAGAGAGGGUUUAUCUGGAAACUGCUACUGGGAGGCUGAGCUUCGAGGCUGGAUUACUGUGGCAGUCUCAUAUGUGGCUCUUGUGAGGAAAGGAGAGGGUAAUGAGUGUAGGUUUGGAGGUAAUGAUCAUUCUUGGAGUUUGGAAUGCUCUCCCACCAGUUGUUCUUUCCUUCAUGAUAAUGUUAAGACUAAAAUACGAUCCCAUUGCACCUCCAGAGUAGGAGUGUACCUGGACUACAAGGCAGGAACUCUGUCCUUUUACAGCAUUUCUAAAAAAGUGACCCUCCUCCACAGAGUGAAUAACACAUUCACUGAACCCCUCUAUCCUGGGUUUGGGGUUGGUUUGGAAUCAUCUGUGAGGAUAAUGCUUCCCAUGCAGUCAACAUGAUUUUUCUGUGUUUUUAUAUGUAUUUCCACACUAUGAGGUUAGAAUAAUACUGUGAAAUUGUGAACUGCAUCUCAGUGCGAGGCGUCACUACAGACCCUGGUUUAUUUCUAGCCUGUAUCACAGCCGGCCGUGAUUAGGAGUCCCAUA